GCGGAGAAGAGCGAAUACUCAUCCUCGGGCGGCGGAAUACCCACGGUGGCACAGGCGAGCGCGGGCGCGGGCAGAAAACAAAAACAGUCUUUCCAUUGAUUUUGCUUUGAGAACCUUCCAAUUCCCCAUUUCUACGCGGGCUGGGUGUCCGGUAUUGAAACGUCUUGUUAAUGACUCGCAUUUCCCCGCCCUCCAGUCGCCUAGCGCCAAAACAAAAAGGGAAGGCAGGAUGGGGCUUUUUUUCCCGAUAGCGAAGCAGACAGCGAGUGGCGACUGAUGCGCGGUGCUUUCUCUUGUUUAUUGCCCUCCGCUCGCCUUCCCUCUCUCCUUCCCUCCGUAUGAGUGAGUGGGAGAGGGAGAAAAGACGAGCGUUAGGACUCGGGGGAAAUCUCCCCCCCUUUUUUUCCCCCGCUUCUUCAAUCAGCUUGUCCUAUUCCUCAGAGCAGGGAUAGCGGAGGCUUCAGCCGCGUUCCGGAGAAUCCGCUCCAGUCCCAACUCUCCGGGUUUAUCAAUGCAAGGGAUGUUUGCCGGACGCACGGAGAACCGGCUCUUCUGCUGCUAUUGCCGCGGGAAGGGCAUAUGAACUCCCUCAAAGAAUGACUAGGAUUGCUACGUUUGCCAUUCUCUUGCAGCUGUUGCAAAGAAGUCGGGGACAAGUCUUUGCAGGUGGUUGUUCAUUUGAUGAACAUUACAGUAACUGUGGUUAUAGUGUGGCACUAGGGACCAAUGGAUUUACUUGGGAGCAGAUUAAUACCUGGGAGAAACCAACAAUGGAUCCAGCUGUCCCAACUGGCUCCUUCAUGAUGGUGAAUAGUUCUGGGAGGGCAUCUGGGCAAAAAGCUCACUUGCUUUUACCAACACUGAAGGAAAACGACACUCACUGCAUUGAUUUCCAUUACUACUUGUCCAGCCGUGACCGUUCUAGCCCUGGAUCCUUGAAUGUUUAUGUGAAAGUGAAUGGUGGACCUCAAGGCAACCCUAUCUGGAAUGUCUCUGGGCUUGUUACAGAAGGUUGGGUGAAAGCAGAGCUUGCGAUCAGUACUUUCUGGCCACACUUUUAUCAGGUCAUAUUUGAAUCGGUUUCCUUGAAGGGUCACCCCGGGUACAUAGCUGUGGAUGAAGUCAGAGUCCUUGCUCAUCCAUGCAGAAAAGCUCCUCACUUCCUGCGGCUGCAAAACGUGGAGGUUAAUGUUGGGCAGAAUGCAACAUUCCAGUGCAUUGCAGGAGGAAAGUGGUCUCAGCAUGACAAAUUGUGGCUACAGCAGUGGAAUGGAAGAGACACAGCAUUAAUGGUUACCAGAGUUGUCAACCAUAGACGUUUUUCUGCUACUGUUAGUGUAGCUGAUACAUCCCAACGCAGUAUCAGUAAAUACCGAUGUGUAAUCCGUUCUGAUGGUGGAUCAGGAGUUUCAAACUAUGCAGAAUUAAUAGUGAAAGAACCACCCACUCCUAUUGCUCCUCCAGAACUUCUAGCAGUUGGAGCCACGUACCUAUGGAUCAAACCAAAUGCCAACUCCAUCAUCGGUGAUGGGCCCAUCAUCCUGAAAGAGGUAGAAUACCGUACAACCAAUGGGAAUUGGGCCGAAACCCACAUUGUGGAUUCUCCCAAUUACAAGUUAUGGCAUCUAGACCCUGAUGUGGAAUAUGAGAUCAGAGUCCUUCUUACCCGUCCUGGAGAAGGGGGAACUGGACCCCCUGGGCCUCCUCUCACAACAAGGACAAAAUGUGCUGAUCCAGUCCAUGGUCCUCAGAAUGUAGAGGUUGUAGACAUCCGAUCACGUCAGUUGACUUUGCAGUGGGAACCUUUUGGUUAUGUUGUGACUCGUUGCCACAGCUAUAACUUGACAGUUCAUUACCAGUACAUAUUCAACCAGCAGAAAUAUGAAGCAGAGGAACUAAUUCAGACAUCAUCACAUUACACGUUGCGAGGAUUACGACCCUUCAUGACCAUCCGAUUGAGGUUGGCUCUUUCAAAUCCAGAGGGCAAGAUGGAGAGUGAAGAAUUGGUGGUGCAAACAGAAGAGGACGUUCCUGGAACUGUUCCCCUUGAAUCUAUUCAGGGAGGACCCUUUGAAGAGAAGAUCUAUGUUCAGUGGAAGCCACCAAAUGAAACCAAUGGAAUAAUUACCCUUUAUGAGAUUACCUACAAGGCUGUUGGAUCUCUAGAUCCUACUGCUGACUUGUUGAACCAGAGAGGAAAAGUCUUCAAACUAAGGAAUGAAACUCACCACCUCUUUGUAGGGUUAUACCCAGGAACUACCUAUUCAUUCACCAUUAAAGCCAGCACAGUAAAGGGUUUUGGACCUCCCAUCACCACACGGAUUGCAACUAAAAUUUCAGCCCCAUCAAUGCCAGAAUAUGAUACUGACACCCCUCUGAAUGAAACAGAGACCACAAUUACAGUCAUGCUGAAGCCUGCACAGUCUCGUGGUGCGCCAGUCAGUGUCUACCAGCUUGUUGUAAAAGAAGAACGGCCACAGAAAUCACGAAGAGCUGCAGACAUCAUUGAAUGUUUCUCUAUUCCAGUGAGCUACAAAAAUGCUUCGAAUCUUGACUCCCCCCAUUAUUUUGCAGCUGAGUUGAAACCAGUCAAUCUUCCAGUUACACAGCCUUUCACAGUGGGAGACAACAAAACCUAUAAUGGUUAUUGGAAUGCUCCCCUUUCACCAUUGAAAAGCUACAGCAUUUACUUUCAGGCUCUCAGUAAAGCAAAUGGGGAAACCAAAAUAAAUUGUGUCCGGCUAGCCACCAAAGCAGUAAUAGGUAGGCAACAAGUGACCACUCGAUACCCACCCAGCCUCAUGAGCACAGGAGCUUCUACACAGAAUUCUAAUGUGGUGGAACCAGAAAAACAGGUUGAUAAUACGGUGAAAAUGGCUGGAGUUAUAGCUGGUCUUCUGAUGUUCGUAAUUAUCCUUUUGGGAGCGAUGCUUACCAUCAAAAGGAGGAGCGGUGCAGUAGAUCCAAGAAGAAAUGCAUAUUCCUACUCCUAUUACUUGAAACUAGCCAAGAAACAAAAAGAGACCCAAAGCAGCAGUCAACGAGAAAUGGGACCUGUUGCUGCUUCAGACAAGACUGCUACAAAAAGUGCUGCUCACAAUGAAGAAACUUUCACUUCAGGCUGCCAAGAUGUUAAUGGAUUUAACAAUAGCCAUGGGGAGAUGACUCAACCGACCCUGACAAUCCAGACCCAUCCCUAUCGAAGCUGUGACCCAGUGGAAAUGUCCUAUCCCAGGGGACAGUUCCAGCCAGCAAUCCGAGUGGCCGACUUGUUGCAGCACAUCACUCAAAUGAAACGGGGACAGGGCUAUGGAUUUAAAGAGGAGUAUGAGGCUCUACCUGAAGGGCAGACAGCAUCUUGGGACACCGCCAAAGAAGAUGAAAACCGCAAUAAGAAUAGAUAUGGCAACAUCAUCUCCUAUGAUCACUCCAGGGUGAGACUGCAGUUACUAGAUGGAGAUCCCCAUUCAGAUUACAUUAAUGCAAAUUAUAUUGAUGGAUACCACCGGCCUCACCAUUACAUUGCAACUCAGGGGCCAAUGCAAGAGACAGUAAAGGAUUUUUGGAGGAUGAUCUGGCAGGAGAAUUCAGCAAGUGUUGUCAUGGUCACCAACCUGGUGGAAGUUGGCAGGGUGAAGUGUGUCAGAUACUGGCCUGAUGACACAGAAGUCUAUGGAGAUAUCAAAGUGACCUUAAUUGAGACUGAACCAUUGGCAGAAUAUGUCAUACGUACUUUUACAGUCCAAAAAAAAGGCUACCAUGAGAUUCGAGAAAUUCGUCAAUUCCACUUCACUAGCUGGCCUGACCAUGGGGUUCCUUGUUAUGCUACAGGUCUCUUGGGUUUUGUUCGACAAGUGAAGUUUCUCAACCCACCAGAUGCAGGGCCUAUUGUUGUACACUGCAGUGCUGGUGCUGGGAGGACAGGGUGCUUCAUUGCCAUAGACAUCAUGCUUGACAUGGCAGAAAAUGAAGGUGUGGUGGAUAUAUUUAAUUGUGUGAGAGAGUUGCGAUCCCAGAGAGUUAACUUGGUGCAGACAGAGGAGCAGUAUGUGUUUGUUCAUGAUGCCAUUCUGGAAGCGUGCCUUUGUGGCAACACUGCCAUUCCUGUUUGUGAAUUCAGAUCUAUAUACUACAACAUCAGCAGAUUGGAUCCACAGACAAACUCCAGCCAGAUAAAAGAUGAAUUCCAGACCCUUAAUAUUGUUACUCCUCGAGUACGUCCAGAAGAUUGCAGCAUUGGACUUUUGCCAAGGAAUCAUGAUAAGAAUCGCUGCAUGGAUGUACUUCCUUUGGAUCGGUGCCUCCCUUUUCUUAUUUCUGUUGAUGGAGAAUCAAGCAACUAUAUUAAUGCUGCACUCAUGGAUAGCCACAAGCAACCUGCUGCCUUUAUAGUUACUCAGCAUCCAUUGCCCAACACUGGAGCUGAUUUCUGGAGGCUAGUGUUUGAUUACAACUGUUCUUCUGUUGUGAUGUUGAAUGAAAUGGAUGCUGCCCAGCUUUGUAUGCAGUACUGGCCAGAGAAGACAUCUUGCUGUUAUGGGCCAAUCCAAGUGGAAUUUGUUUCUGCUGACAUAGAUGAGGAUAUUAUUAAUCGGAUAUUUCGGAUCUGCAACAUGGCAAGGCCGCAAGAUGGGUACCGUAUUGUUCAACACUUGCAGUAUAUUGGCUGGCCAGCAUAUAGAGACACUCCUCCUUCUAAGCGCUCUCUCCUGAAAGUGGUCAGGCGGUUGGAAAAGUGGCAGGAGCAAUAUGAUGGGCGAGAUGGACGGACUGUGGUUCAUUGCCUGAAUGGUGGUGGCCGCAGUGGCACCUUCUGUGCCAUAUGUAGUGUGUGUGAAAUGAUCCAGCAGCAAAAUAUCAUUGAUGUAUUUCACAUAGUGAAAACCUUACGGAACAACAAGUCCAACAUGGUGGAGACAUUGGAACAAUAUAAAUUUGUAUAUGAGGUUGCAUUGGAAUACUUAAGUUCAUUUUAGCUCAUCAGGGCAGGGAGCUAAACGAUGCCUAAAGCUUUGGUGUUUGAAGGACAUUGGUUCCCCACUUUACUUCAGAGGAGUAAUGGGCUAAAGCAUAUAUAGCUCUUCAUCCUUGAAUGAGAAACCAGGUCAGAGCUGAGUGCCGGAGGAGAGAUCUGCUGCCAUCUGUUUUUAGAACAUUCUUGCCUUUUAAGCAACCCACUAUGGCAAAGCAAGAGACAGGGGGGAAUAUUCUGCUUUCUAAUCCCUUCUGACUGCUUCUCCCUAUCAUUUUGGAUGUGUCUUUUUUUCCUCCCUUGAUGCAAACAGGAGUGUGUGUGUGUUUGUGUGUGUGUGUAUAAAAUAUCAGCUCCACUUUUUGUGUCUCUCCAAAUCCUCACUUUUUUGUUUCCUAUAUAAGUCAGUUUGCUUUAAAGAGAAGCUUCAUUAAACAUAUGUUUGGCUUUCAG